GAAAAUAGGUGGUGCGUUGUUUCCCUGGCUGUUGUGCUUUUUCAAAGGCUCUUUUUCUAUGGUCGAGACUACAGACGGAUUCGCAUUCGUGGUCACCGUGCAGCAAUCGCUAGGCUGCAGAUUUCAUCCUGAGGUAUGCUGCUGCUCCUGCUGCUUUGAGUCAGUGUCAAAAGUCGCCAGUUUGCAAAGUGCACAACAAAUAAUGGCAAAACGCAGCGUGCUGUGAAAGGUGUUUCAAAGUAUUGCAAGCCCCACAAACGUACACAUCUAGUGCAAAGUUUUUAGUUUUGCAGAUUCUUUGUUUUUGUACGAUGCAUUUUUGCAUUGAGUGAUAGUAAGGAAAGGGAAAUAUGAUGUGAAUUGUGUUUUUUUUCUCACUUAGUAUGCGUAUGGGUGUGCAUGUACGUGUGUUUCUGCGUGUUUACGGUUUCAUAUGAAGCAAAGUUUUUUGGCAACAAAGAAGUGAAAGAAAGCACCUGCCAAGAUGAAAUGCCUACUUUGAUCGAUGUCUUAUCAGCUGUCAGUAAAAGUAAAGAAAAGCAUCGUAGCACCAGAAAAGGUCAAACGGUGAAAAGUGAUAUAGUUGUACCAGUGUGUCUCUCUCUCUGCAUGCAGUGUGUGCGAAGGGUCGAGAAGAAAAGUCCCCACUCCAACACAACACCACACAACCCAGCAGCUUUACGGCGAAACGUUUCCGUCAUCCGUCGUCAUCAUCCAGCAUAACACCAACCAAUUCCAAGUUGUCGUUGUACCUCAGCAGCAACAUUGAUUGGUUGGUUGGGUGCAAAUAGCAAAAGGCGAAGCGGAAUACAAACAUACAAACCUUUUAGGCCAGCGAAGAACUGCAACAGCGUUCCAGUGUGUUUGCUCCUUUCGAAUUGUUUUCUUUGCUCGAUCUUUCCAAAAGCCACGUGCGAAAGGAGAACCGAGCUAGAAGCAAACGUACGAAGGACAUUAGAAGGCACCCCUUGGAGAAGGCACCGAAGCACCUGCAGCGUUCAGCCGUGAUAUUGCAAAGAACGGAAACAGCGUACAGAAUUUAGCGAUUGCCGACCGUGCAGCAACCGACACAGGCAGGCAGGAUGUCGUCAAAAAACAUACCAGCUGAUAAGAUAAACCUGCGGCUAAUACUCGUCAGUGGCAAGACGAAAGAAUUCCUCUUCAGUCAAACGGACUCUGCCGGAGAUAUAGCACUCACAGUGUUUGAAAAUUGGCCCGAUGAUUGGGAAGCGGAAGCGGUAGCAAAGGCAGAAAUCUUAAGACUAAUCUACCAGGGACGCUUUCUACACUGCAACGUCACGUUAGGGGCGCUGGGGCUACCAUUAGGCAAAACCACCGUGAUGCACUUGGUACCGCGUGAUAAUUUACCCGAGCCAAACUCACAGGACCAGCGACAAAAGAGCAAAGGCGGUUCCAGUAGAUGUUGUUCCACGAGUUGUUGUAUACUGUAACCACCAUCACGACGACGAGAGGCGUAACACACAUGCUGCUGCGGCACGGCCGUGACCGGGCGUACCACCUAUGAUGGCUACGAGUAACGCCUGCCUGGGACGGUGCUGGACGAACGAUGAAUCAUCGAUUUAGGAGAUUGGAGGCUGGACCUGAUAUAUGCUGUGGUCGUGUGUUGAACGUGUUGACAGCGGUACGAGCAUGUUGUGUGCUUGCAUCAAAGACGCGCGUCAAACAAUUAAGCAAGCAGGGAUUUAACGUCUGUGAGAAUCCGCAUAUCCUGCUGUGUUGGUUGGUUGUUCGAGUAUCCCGCUGAAUUGGCGCGAGAAUGCGACGCAACGGCGGGGACUGUGUUUAUGCAUGUUUUUCAUCUCCUAUGGAGUGUCUUGUGUGCUAAUAGUAGUGGGUGCGUGCGUAGUUUGUUUUAGGCAUUGACACAAUUCUAGGAUGCACAGUUAGGAAUAUUAGCCACCCAAUAGUUCCCCCUAAUGCUCGACUGUUGGAAAGUUUCAGCUAAAUUUUGCGAAGAUUCAUCGGUACAGGCAGAUACAGGCCGACUCCAAAACAAAAACGUCACAGCCUGGCGGCGGCACGGUCACGUAGCACUGUGUGAACGCUUUUGUAUUAUUAGGAAAGCAGCGAAUUUCGGUAAAUGUUAUUAGUAGAAAGUGAAUAGUGUACUAGCAAUCGAGAUAUAAUAAUUAGUGUUAUGUUAUUUUUUUAAUUAUUAUUAUUAUUAUUACUGUAAUAAUUAAUCCAUCAAUUCGUUUAAUCCCGCUUCUGAUUUUUACACCUGUUUCCAAUGACUGCCUUAUUUGAUCGUGGUUUUCUUCCUCGAUACAUUGGUGGAACCACCGUAUGGUGAUCAUCGAACAUACGCAAACAGUUUUUAAGAGAAAUAUUAGAUAGAGGAGUGGGGAGAUGGAGGAUAGGGCAGAGGCGCACCCUGCCAAGGACGUAGGAAAAUCUCAUUUGACUGACCAAACUGAAACACGUGUCCUGCAGGAGGAGAAGAGGUGUUAUGAAGAUGUAGUAAGCCUCACGCACCCUACCACAGCUGUUCAUAUCCGCUGCCACAGGAAUGAACGUUGCGCGUGACCAACGUUCAUGAGUGAACACCUGACACUAGGCACCGAGCAAUAGAUGGCGCUGUACGAAUGGUGAUAUUUUGUAUUUCGCUCUCGGUAUAUGCACGGAGAACACAGUUUAAGGGAAAAAAUACGUACCAGUCCAUUUAUUGCCCGCAAUUCUACACACAUAUCGUUCACCGGGUUUUGUUUGUCUUGCUUCUGUAUGAGUUUUAAAUUUCUUUGUUCGUGGAUCAUUAUCAUUUCAUCGCGAAAUGAUCCACGUUGAACAUAAGUGUGUCCUUUGUGUAUUGUGUGUUUAUGUAAAUAUGUUAUCAUUUAUAGUUUUGUUCUUGUUGCUCACUUAAGACUAGACCUUUCCCGCCGCCUUUUUUCCGUGGGUGGCAUUCAAGAAAUUUAGCAUACCCGAUACGUUUUACGUGUAUGCGGCUGCGGUAGAUUUUUAUUGUUUGUUUUUCGUUUAUUGUUAUUAUAGUGAAAAAGUGAAAUGGGUGGGAGAAAAGGACACGGGCAAGGAGCGGAGAAGCUGCUGAGUGAGAAUUAUUCGUUCGAACGUUUGAAAGGUUCCAUAGCAAUAUGGUAAAAGAGCGACGCUGCAUCAUUCACGCGCGUAGCUAACGGGAAGAAGGCGCAAGUUGGUAAACGAAAACUAGUGAAACAAAAAUGAAGCAAAAGGCAAAAUGUGGUUGUAGUUAUUAAAAGUAAACACAAAAGUAUAUAUAUAUAUAUAUAUAUAUACAUAUAAACUGAAACCUAUAGAUGGUGGUAUAAAUAUUACUUUACAAAAGAGCUACAAAAAUACUAUACCGUAAAGCGGGGAGCGAGAUUAGGAGGCGAGACGAAUGAGGCAAACGCAGUUAUGGAAGCAGAAAAAAUGGUAGAUAAAUCAGAAACAAAUCGGUGUGUACCGAGAUAUGAGAGGCGGAAUCAAACGACUAACUUAGGCGAAAAGAAAUUAUUAUACUUUGUUCACUUCUGUUUAGGUUAGUUUAAGCAAAUGUAUUUGAUAAUGAGUCCUUAAUUGAAAGGGGGGGAAAACACGAGAAAAACUACCAGCGACUAGAAGAGAAAGGAUGAGAAAAAGAGAGAGAUUUGUAUGUAUGUGUGUGUGUGUGUACUGUUACGAUAGGAUAAGGAUAGGGCGAGAAACGAAAAGCGUAUGUGUAUGUUUCAUCAUGAUAGAUAGUAGUUGGACAAAGGGAAACAUGCAACCAUGUUGUGCUAUUACUGCAAGUCUAUCACUAAUCAUACUAAACCGCAAGCAAAACAAAACACUAAACCAGUUUGAGCCGAAUUCCAGUUGGUAAGAUAGAGGCAUUCAGUCUAAAUUUUCCAACCAUGAGCUCUUGUCACGAUGAGCUCAUCAAUAUCACCAAUGUUCGUCGCAUUGCAUCUCAAUAAGUUCCAAAUGAAACUCAUACAACCCGCACCCACCACUACUCGCUACCGUGUGUGGCACCGGUUAGAACGAACGAAUGUAUAUGCGAAUCACAAAAUCUCAAAGCGUUUAUUGUUUGUGUACAUUUAUCUCUCUCUUAAUCUCCUCUAUCUAAAGCUCAAAAGCGAACUGUAUUCCUUAGAAGACUUUUGACGACUGUUUCUUCUCCAUCGUUAUCACCGUUGCCGACAUCUCAUACCCUGUUGGUCCACGUUCACGGUCGUUUCAAUGCGGAUCAACCACUUCCGUUAGCUUCGCAACACCCCGCAAUCAUCCCUAGGAGGCGCAUAAAAUUGUAAAACAUCGGUGUAUGAUUUUAUUGAUCAUCGGUAGAAAAACAAUUAAAAAAAAAGGGUCCGUAAAUACUAAACCACAAAUUAGGCCCAGAGGAUACAGGUUGAGCGCAACAAAACAAAACAACAAAAAAAACACUAAAAGAAACUAAUCAAAAAUACACAGGAAAACAAACACACUAUGAAUGUAACCGUGUAACUACACAC